AACAGCAUGGCCAGUUCGAGUAAAGCCACUUUAAUCCUGCUGGUCUACGGGAUCUUAAUGCACUACAGCGUGUUCUGCACACCUAUCGGACUAAGUUACCCUAAGAUCAGACUUGACAACGACGCCUUCGAUGAGGAUGGGAACUCGUUAUCCGACAUGGGCUUCGAUGGAGAACAGAUUUCUCUCCAUCGAAGCCCUCCGUCCCUGAGCGACGACGCCUACACGCUGUACUACCCUCCGGAGAAGAGACCAGAAAGGCAUGCUGAGGAAGAAUUAGAUAGAGCCUUGAGGGAGAUCCUGGGUCAGUUAACAGCGAGACAUUAUCUGCAUUCUCUGAUGACAAUUCGUGCAGGUGAAGACAACAGCAUGGAGGAAGAGUCAGAGCCUUUAUCCAAAAGACACUCAGACGGGAUCUUCACCGACAGCUACAGUCGCUACAGAAAGCAGAUGGCGGUGCAGAAAUACCUGGCAGCGGUUCUGGGGAGAAGGUACAGACAGAGAGUUAGGAACAAAGGACGCAGACUUGCCUAUUUGUAG